AAAAUCACAUAUCACAUGCUUUCCCAAUAUCCUGCAGCCCUGCUUCAUGCUAAAGUCUCCUGAGUUCCUACAGGUUAACAGUGUGUUUGUUUCUUUGUUUCUUGUCUUGCAGAUGAAGACUUUCAGCAUUCGGAGUCACAGUUUGGUUCAUCCUGCAUUUCCAUGAGAUGAUGUGUUCAGCACCAGAGAAGUUUAAUCCUGUCUUUAACAAUGAUGUGUUGGGUGGCAAAAUGUCUGCUACUGAUGAUUCUGAUGAGAGACUUCAGAGUCGAUUCAGUCACAUGUCAUCUAACUGAGUACGAGAUAGAGGGUGAAUGCUGUCCUAUGUGUCCUCCUGGCACUCGAGUCAAAACAGACUGUACAGAGUUUAAAAGUAUAUCCUGUCAGAAAUGCCCAGAGGGGACUUAUAUGGACCUGCCAAAUGGACUAAAGAGAUGUUAUCCAUGUUCUACCUGUGAUUCAGGAGCUGGUCUGAAGGAAAGGUUGGGAUGUAAAAUAACUGCAGACACAGUUUGUGAACCAAUGGAGGGAUUCUACU